AUGGCAAACGUGGACGAGUUGACGAAUGUGGUGAAGGACACGCUGGUGAAUCGAGGUGUUUUAGGCCAAUUAAAAGCAAGGAUAAGAGCAGAAGUCUACAAAGCUUUAGACAAUCAGGAGGUACCAAAGCCAAAGCUGCCUGCCGAAAAUGUUUUAAUAAACGAAUUAAUCAGGGAAUAUCUGGAAUAUAAUAACUACAAGUACACCGAAUCGGUGCUGAUAGCUGAAUCUGAUCAGCCGCAAAAAUCACUAGGUAGAAGUUUCGUUAUGGAUGAACUAAAUAUUGCUCAGGAUAUGCUCGAACCUAGCGGUAGAAUGCCUUUGUUGUACAACAUUAUAUCUUAUUUUAUGAAAGUAAAACCGUUUCAUGAACACUCAACCGAUGAAGGAGUUUUAGGAAAUAGACAGAAUGCUUAUAAAAUCCUAGGAGGUCAAACGAGAGAUGAAACCUCAUCGGAUCUUCAUUCUUUCAGUCGCUUAGGGCCUUCCACUAUAAGUAAUAAUAAUUAGGGGUAACCAGCAUUGUUAGAUUGAUAAUACGAAUAAGUAAAUGUAAAAAUUGUUAUACUGUUGUACAUUUUUAAGCUUUUCGUGACGCACUUCUCAUUUGUUUGAGUUUUGGUCAUUACAUGUACAUGUACAUUCCCUGAUAUUAUUCAAGUUCUAGACACAAUUAUACGUGUGUCGUUAUAGUAAAUACCUAGAAUGUGCGCGAAUAUGUACCUAAAAGUUUGC